AUGUACGCAAAUUCAAUACCUAACACGCAGACUCCAGAGACACAGAACCAAGGACUUGGUGCACGCGCGAGAAAGCAAAAGUACAACAACACAAGCAAGAAGCAGCGAAUCUUGCUCUGCGUGCCACCUCUCUCACUCCGCCUCCCGGAGAAAUCGCGGAGAAAAGCUAUAAAUGUCCGACUCGGACUAGGAGGCUCAGUUUGGGUGGACAGACCUGGUGCCGAGAGCAAAAUGAAGACCACAAGCCACUAUUGGCAAAAUACAUAUUUGGGAGAGCUUCUUUCGCUCCUAGCAUGGCUACAAGGGGACGCCAAGACGUUCUGCAGGACGAGAAAACCAAGACCACUUCGAAAGCCAGAGCGCACAUGGCCGAGUGAACGCCGGAUACACAGAAUACCCAGCCCAGGCGGUCCGCGAUGGAAAAAUGCAUGUGGCGAUAACCUCGUUCCGGGAUCCAAUAUUGACACCUCGGGGAAGUAA